GGGCCGCUGCCCGCGGUCCCCGGGGCCGGGCGCGCCCCGCAAGAUGUCCGGGCGCCGCGGCCGGCAGCCCGGGCCCCGCCUGUCCUGGCUACUGUGCUGCAGCGCCCUGCUGUCCCCGGCCGCGGGCUACGUGAUCGUGAGCUCCGUGUCCUGGGCCGUCACCAACGAGGUGGACGAGGAGCUAGACAGCGCCUCCACCGAGGAGGCGCUGCCCGCGCUGCUGGAAGACUCGGGCAGCAUCUGGCAGCGGAGCUUCCCGGCCUCGGCGCACGAGGAGGACGCUCACCUGCCGCCCCCGGAGGGCACCGCCCGCGCCAGGCCGCCCCCCGCGCCGCCCGGGAUGUUCUCCUACCGGCGCGAGGGCAGCGCGAGGCUGCGCCCGGGCACCGCCCGCUUCCUGGCCCACGCCAGCGCCUGGGGUUGUCUGGCCACCGUGUCCGCCCACGAGAAGAUCCCAGGACUGCCGUUUGGGAACUGCCUGCCGGUCAGUGACGGCCCCUUCAACAACAGCACGGGGGUUCCUUUCUUCUAUGUGACCCCCAAGGACCUCCUGGUGGCUGAUCUGAUGAAGAACCCCGUGGCCUCCCUCCUGCUGCCGGAAUCCGAAGGAGAGUUCUGCAGAAAAAAUAUCGUCGACCCAGAAGAUCCCCGCUGUGCCCGGUUAACGCUCACUGGCCAGAUGGUCACAGUGUCUCCAGAAGAAGUGGAAUUUGCCAAGCAAGCCAUGUUUUCAAGACACCCAGUUAUGAGGAAGUGGCCUCGUCAGUAUGAAUGGUUCUUUAUGAAGAUGAAGAUAGAACAUAUCUGGCUUCAGAAAUGGUAUGGAGGAGUAGCUGACAUUUCCAGGGAGGAAUAUUUCAAAGCAGUUCCAAGAAAGGCCUGAUGGAGUGAGAAGAAAGUCCUUGAUUUGUGUAAAAUGAAAACCUUUUGAGCGAUGCUGCCAGACAGCAAUUGACUGCUAUCUCUUUGUGAAAGGGUUCAUUGCAGUCCUGUCAGUCUUACAGCAGAGUGAAGAGUGGGUCACCAGGGACCCCUGUGCUAGCUGGAGAUUGAAGUGGCCAUUUGCAAAUGGCCAAAUUACACAGGGACUUCACACAGAGAGUCUAUUUACAUGUGUUCAGUCCAGACUCACCUAUGUGGGGACACUGUUGGUUAUCAAAGUGACAUGUUGAGACAGUUUCUGUUCCAUUCUUUAAAAAAUAAGAAACGUAUGCCUGUAUGUACAAUGUGAUUGCUUUGUAUCGUGAGAGUAUGUUUGUUGCUUGUUGUACCCAAAGCAGUGUCCUGGUUCUAAGCUCAUUGCAACCACAGAAGAACUAAAUACGCAUCACACAGCUGCCGUCUUGUGUUUAGGGUGAGGGUGCAGGACUCUUUGUCUAUGGGUUACCAUCCUGCUACAGAAUGGCAAAUGCAUUAUUGAGCCCCAUUUGCUAGAAUAUACUGGUCACUCCUGAAGCUUUUUUCCCACUGCAACAUGACAAACCAUGUGAGAACCCCCCGAGUUUGGUGCACAGCCCUAUUCUAGGUAAUCGGGCCAUGGUGGUACAUUAAGGGAGGGGCAGCUUCGGCAACAGGCUCCCCAGAUCCCCUCUGCUAGUGCUGGGAUAGAGGGUCCCCUUCUCUUAGGCAUGGGGAGUGGUACUCAGUCUGUGGUAUAUAGAGAGGAGGGGGACAGGGAGAGGCUGGAAAGGAAGGAAAGAAGUCAGUAACGAGGCACGCUCCCUACCCAGCCAUGGGCCAGGCCCUUGACGGGGUCAUCUCACUGAAGCCUUACAGCCAAUGAGAUGAAUCAUCAUUGCCACUUACAAGAACACUGAGGCUCAGAGAGGCUAAGUCAACAUCCCAGGGUCUGAUUCCACCACUCACUGCCCACAAUGGCGAGAGUGGUACCUAGACAAUUUCCAAUUCUAAGAACAAGACAAAAGAGUUACUGGUAGUCAUUGACUCAGUAAAGUCAGUAAAGCAAUCACUAACCUGCCUGUAGAUUGGCCACUGUUUUCUAUCAAAAAAGAAAACAAGUCUCUGAAAUUUGAUUCUUAUUACAGAUUUUAAAUUUUCUACAAAUUAUAUGCAGGAGCACCUGCAUUGUACCUGUGUACAUACCUAAGGCCUACAAGGACCUAUGUGUAUACUUUCAAGACCUCUUAUAUUGAAAUUUAUAAAGGAUCUAGCACUACCCAGUUUUCUGCCUUUUAAUAUGGCUCUAAACCCUCUUUGGUCAGUUAGGUAUAUUGUAUAAAUAUAAAAAUGCAACACACAAAAUAUAGGAAAUAUACAUUUAAAAAAUAAAUAAUAGUGUUAUUAAUGGGUACACUUUUGUUUAAAAAAUUAAGACACGAAGAGAGUUUGAGUUGUCCAAAUAUUUUUAAGGGCCUGUUACUAAAAGCAUAGUAAGAUGCACAGAAUUCUUUAUUUAUCAAAAGUUAAAUCACGAAAGUGUUCCUUAACAAUAGCAAUUUCUAAUAUAUAAGAAUAAGGUAACUUUGAGGGUAUUUCAUAUUUUCAGAGUUUAAAAUUGUUUCUACCCCAGUUUGGAGGUAAGAGGGGAAAACUGGAAGAAGAAACCACAUACUCCAUAAGUCAACCUCAAAUUGUAAUUCUCUGAACGUCUCUGUGUCCAAGUCCCGUCUGAAAGAUAAUUUUCCUAACGCUAGUUUUGCUUUUACAAUCAGGUUUCACUUAGCUCGUUAAAGCUCACUCAGCUGCCUCAAGGAGCUUUGCAGCUUAACCACUGAUGAUGCUUAUCAGUUAUUUAUCCAAAUUACAGGGAAUGGAAUCUGAACAGAUUGGAUGAUAAGAGUGUUGAAAAGGCAUCUGCUUGAAAGGGAACCCUCUUGCACUGUUGGUGGGAAUGUAAAUUAAUACAGCUACUAUGGAAAACAGUAUGGAGGUUCCUUAAAAAACUAAAAAUAGAAUUACCAUAUGACCCAGCAAUCCCACUACUGGGCAUAUACCUGGAGAAAACCAUAAUUCAAAAAGACACAUGCACCCCAAUGUUCAUUGCAGCACUAUUUACAGUAGCCAGGUCAUGGAAGAAAACUAAAUGCCCAUCGACAGACGAAUGGAUAAAGAAGAUGUGGUACAUAUAUACAAUGGAAUAUUACUCAGCCAUAAAAAGAAACGAAAUUGGGUCAUUUGUAGAGACAUGGAUGGAUCUAGAGACUGUCAUACAGAGUGAAGCAAGUCAGAAAGAGAAAAACAAAUGUCAUAUAUUAGCACAUAUGUGUGGAACCUAGAAAAAUGAUACAGAUGAACCGGUUUGCAGGGCAGAAAUAGAGACACAGGUGUAGAGAACAAACGUAUGGACACCAAGGGAGGAAAGUAAUGGGUGUGUGUGUGUGAUGAAUUGGGAGAUUGGGAUUGACAUAUAUACACUAAUAUGUAUAAAAUAGAUAACUAGUUUAAAAGAAUUUAAUUUAAAAUAGAUAUCUAUAAAAUAGAUAACUAAUACGAACCUGCUGUAUAAAAAAUAAAAAUUCAAACAAAACAAAACAAAGCAAAAAAAAAAAAAAGGCAUCUGUUUGAGAAUGAUGGACCCCAUUCAGGCCAGUAAGUUUUAGCAAAUCUCUAGAAAUUUACAUUGAUUAAAAUUUUAAAGGCUGUAUUGGAAGUUCUGGACAUGGCAAUAAGGCAAUAAAAAGAAAUAAAAUGCAUAUGAUUGAAAAGUAAUAAAAGUAUCCCUAUUUACAGAUGAUGUAACUGUCUACAUAGAAAAUUCCAAAAAAUCUAUUCAAAAAAAAAGUAAAACAACUGAUUUCAGCAAGGUCUUAGGAUACAAGAUAAGCACACAAAAUUUAAUCACAUUUUUAUAUAUUAACAAUAAAGUGGAAACCAAAAUUUUAAACACAAUACCAUUUACAAUCACUCCAAAAGGAAAAAAAAAAAACAGGUGUAAGUUUAACAAAAAUGUGUAUAGGAUCUAUAUGCUGAAAAUUAAAAGAUGCCAAUGAAAGAAAUCAAAGACCUAAAUAAAUGAGGAGACAUACCAUGUUCAUGGAUUAGAGGACACAAAAUAGUAAAAAUGUCAAUUCUCCCCAGAUUCAUCUGUAUGUUUAAUGCAGUUUCUAUCAAAAUCCCAGCAAGGUUUUUUAGACAUAUUCAAGCUUAUUCUAAAAGUUCUAAGGCACAGGCCUUGGAAUAGCUAAAACUAUCUUGUAAAAGAAGAAUAAGUAGGAGAAACCACUCUACUAUAAAGACUUAUUAUGUAGCUACACUAAUCAAGACAGUGUGGUAUUGGUGGAGGCAUAGACACAAAAGAUCAAUGGAACAGAACAGAGAAUCUAGAAAUAGACCCAUACAAAUAUGCUCAAUUGAUUUUUUUUUUAAGUACAAAAGUAAUUCACUGGAGGGAGGAUAGUCUUUUCAAUAAAUGUGCUGAGCAAUCAGUUAUCCAUGGGCAAAUAAAAAGAACCUCAAGCUAAAUCCCAUACCUUAUAUAAAAAUUAACUCAAAAUAGAUCAUAACACUAAACAUAAAAUGCAAAACCAUAAAACUUUUUUUAAAAAAUAGAAGAUCUUUGGGACCUAGGGCUAAACUAAGCAAAGACUUCUUAGACUUGACACCAAAAACCUAAAGUCCAUAAAAGGAAAGUUUGAUAAAUUGGACUUCAUCAAAAUUUUAAACUUUUAUUCUGCAAAAGACCAUGUUAAGAGGAUGAAAAGACAGGCUACAUACUGGGAGGAAAUACCUGCCAACAGCGUAUCCAACAAAGGACUACCAUCUAGAAUAGAUGAAGAACUCUUACAGCUCAACAGUUUUUUAAAAAAAAUCCAAUUAGACAAUGGAGAACAUGAACAAAUGUUUCUCUGAAGAGGAUAUGGCAGAUUAGCACGUGAAAAGAUACUCAACCUCAUCAGUCAUUAGGGAACUGCAAAUUAAAACCCCAAUAGAUGCCACGAGGCACCUACCAAAAUUGCUGAAACACAGUAACAACACCAAAUAUUGGCAAGAAUGCAGAGCAAUGGGAUCAACCUAUAGCUGGUGGGAAAGUAAAAUGGAACAGCCACUCAGGAGAACCAACUGACAGUUUCUUAUAAAACUAAACAAGCAACUGGCAUAAGACUCAGCAAUUGCACUCCGGGGCAUCUAUCCCAGGGAGAUGAAAACUUAUGUUCACACAAAAACUUGCACAUAAACGUUCAUAGCAGCUUUAUUCAUAAUAUUCCAAAUCUGUAAACAACCAGAUACCCUUUAUUUUUUAAAUUAAUUUUUAUUGGAGUAUAGUUGCUUUACAGUGUUGUAGAUGUCCUUUAACGGGUGACUGGUGAAACGAAUUGUGAUACAUCCAUGCCAUGGAAUACUACUCAGCAAUAAAAAUAAUUUCCAAUACAAGCAACAACUUGGAUGAGUCUUCAGAGAAUUAUGCUGAGUGAAAAAACCCAUCCCCAAAGGUUAUGUCCUGUAUAAUUCCAUUUAUAUAACAUUUUGAAAUGCAAAAUUCUAGAAAUGGAGAACAGAUAAAGGAUCACCAGGGAGGAGGGUGGAGGAGAGAGGUGGGUGUGUCUGUAAAAGGGAUCCUUUAUUGUGAUGGAAAUGUUCCCUAGCUUGUCUGUAUCAAUGUCAAAAUCCUGGUUAUGAUAUUGUAUCAUUUUGCAAGAUGUUACCAUUGGGGGGAAAUGGGUAAAAGGCACACAGAAUCUCCGUAUUACUUCUUACAACCGCAUGUGAAUCUACAAUUAUCAGCAAUUCUCUCAGAAUCUAUUAUACAAUUAUCUCGGAGUAAAAAGCUUAAUACAAACAAAAUUUAAGGCUUAGCUUAAAUAAGGUAUUUACGCCCUCUCGUUGGUCCCUAAUGAAAUGAAGAACUGAGCUACCGUACCAAAACCUAGCAGAAUGGACAUUUGUUUUCUUUAACCAUUAAUAUAUGCGUUUUGGGGGCUUCCCUGGUGGCGCAGUGGUUGAGAGUCCGCCUGCCGAUGCAGGGGACACGGGUUCGUGCCCCAGUCUGAGAGGAUCCCACAUGCCGCGGAGCGGCUGGGCCAGUGAGCCAUGGUCGCUGAGCCUGCGUGUCGGGAGCCUGUGCUCCACAAUGGGAGAGGCCACAGCAGUGAGAGGCCCACGUAUAUAUGCGUUCUUGGAAGACAGAAAAAAUUUCUUUGAAAGUUUUCAAAAUGUAUUCAAUUUAAUACUGAAUACAAAUUAACAGGAAUUCAACAAACCUGUAUAGAUUUUAUGUGGGACACUUAGAAGAGGAGGCUAUCUUUCAGUUUCUGGAAUAAAUACGUUAAGCUACAGGAGUAUAUAGGUAUCCAAGUCUGUGCAUAGUGAUUCUCCACUGAUGUUCAUAGCAAAGAACAGUAUUUCCAGUAAUCCUCCUGUAAAUAUUCUGGGAAAGAAUUCUUCUUUUGUAUCUAUGAAUAAGCCAUAUCCUGACCUCCACAUUUUUAUUUACCAUGAUUGUACACAUCCAUAGUCUUGACACAGAGAGUGUAAUUCUGAUGUGGCUUGUUUCAAUAUGCCUUGUAUAUAUUAACUCAUUAUAAAAGAGUGGGUUUUGAUUGAAAUGUAUUUCUACAGUUUUUCCAGAAAGUCUUUAUUUCAUAUUUAAUAAUUUAACCAUCAAAUGCUGUUCUGAAAAUAAACCUUCUCUAGGAUAAUUUAUUGAUGCUUAUUUGAUUGCUUAUAACAAGUCAAUUGUUAUAAAAUUUGAAUUGUAAUGAAGCUGUGGUUUGUGCUAUGUAAUGCAUGUGGAGUGUAAAAUCUAUUUUCCAAACUAGAUAUGUCUAUCUGACCAAAGACUAUUUCUUCACUCCUGCUAUGAUUUCCAUGCUUGAUUAAAUAAAUUUAUAAUAUUUCUA